GGGACAUUAAGAAAGUGCCUUGCCUCAAAAGUUUUAGGUGGAAUAAUUUGCUUGGAUGUCUCCUCACAAUACAGGACAUUCUUCCGAUGACACAUUUAUGAGCUGAAGUGGUCCAAGGUUUACAAAACAAACUAGUAAAAGUGGCUUCAGGUUGCUUUUAUGCCUAUGCCUGAGGAAUUAACAUAGCAUGAACCAGAGAUGCAAGUGUGAAUAUCCAGUGGUGGCAGGUUAAUUACAGAAUCCAUUCUUCAGAUCUCUUUUGUCCCUUUCUGCACUGUUUUAAACUCACCCAUCCUCUCCCCCUUUCUAGUAAAUAUUAGCUAUGACAGGUGAGAAUAUAGAAUGAAAAGAUGAACUAUGUCUGAAUAACUAGGCUGGCCUUACUACUUACUACUAGGCACCAUGCGAUUUCUGUUUCAGCCAAGUACAGGUUUCCUACCAUCACCAAUUUUCUAUUCAAUCUCAAAUUGUUCCCAAGUGAUAUUCCAGCUCCAGAAAUGCUGGCGUUUUUUAAGAGCAUGGCAAGAUCAACAGUGGUGGCAAAGGCUCCAGCUUAAAUAAAAUGACUGAUAGCUUAAGUGGGCUUUUUUUGUGUGUCCAUGCAUGAUUGGUACUCUGUGAUAGUAAUAUAAUUCAACUGCAGAAUGUGUUUGAGCAGCAAGCAGAUGUUAGGCAGAGCCUUGAGAGAACCAAAGUAUGUCUUAAGACGGGACAGAACACAUCACAUACCUUAUGUUGUACCUACAAACUAGUCUGCUCCCAUUAAUGGAAACAAAUCCUAUUUUAAGGCAUUGGAACGUCUCUGCUGAAUUUGGGAGGAGGAGAGCUAGGAGGUGUUGCAGAAUUUCUUGGGCCACUACAGGUUGUCUUCUCUCUUUCUAAUGAGUUCAUUUCAGAGAUGGGAAGGGGAAGCCGAGAAGAAACAAAAAGCAAUGCCUAAUUUCAGUCCACUUUUUUUCAUCUUUUUCAAAUCCCGCUGCAGCAGUUGUACUUCUCCCUUCUGAACAGUGCCAGCCCACACUGAGAAGCGUUCCUCAGAUAUACGACCGACUCACGACGCCCAGCUAAAGCAAUCCGCCUCCUAGCAAUUGCUUGCGGAUCCUGUUUGCUUCCUGACUUCCGUCUGGUUCAGAUGUACUCGUGGCCUCGCGAUGCCCCCUCGCGGCCGAAAAUAAAACUAACGCACUAAAAAAAGGCUGGGGUUUAUAGGUUCUCCAAGUGAAAGCAACAUUCUUCGGGCUGCGAAGAGAAAACUUCGGCUGACUUGGGAGCUUACCCACCCGAUUUAUGUUAAAUGCAAAGCGAUACUACCGCGCAGGAGAGAAAAACGAUGGAGCAGCCUUUACUUGUUGACAGACGGCCUGCUUCUUUCGUACUUGGCUUUCAGGACCCCACGAGAAGGGGGGGCUAAAAAGAGGAAAACCUCCCCUCGGGAAGCUAUUGGAAAAUCUGGAUUGCGAAAAAAAAACCCUCCCCCCAGGAUAGUGGCAAGAUUUGCUUCUGCUCUAAUGAUCCUACGCUCCGGGUUUUGCCCGAGGACCAGGGCACCGAAACAGGGGAGUCCAGCAGAGGAAGGAGGACACGCGACUGCUUAAGAAAAGCAGGGAGCAGAGAAAGCCGAAGCUAACGUCGUUCUCGGUAGUGGUGUGAACAAGGCAGAUAUUACUACAAUGAAACUCAAUGAACGUAGCGUGGUACAUUAUGCCACAUGUGACUCUCCAGCCGAUCAUACUGGCUUUCUGUGCAAGCGAAUGGAGCGCCAUCACCACAACCAUCAUGUCCCCUCUUACCAGCGCCGCUGGUUCAUUCUCAAGGGCAACUUGCUGUUCUACUUUGAAGAGCGGGAGACCCAGACCCCCCUGGGUCUCAUUGUGUUAGAGGGAUGCACAGUGGAACUAUGCGAAGCUGCUGAGGAAUUUGCUUUUGCCAUCCGCUUUGAUAGCAGUGGUGGCAAAUCUUAUGUGUUGGUUGCCGACUGCCAAGUUGCCAUGGAGGCUUGGGUGAAGGCACUUUCACGGGCCAGCUUUGAUUAUAUGAGGCUAGUAGUCAAGGAACUAGAGAAACAGCUGGAAGAUGCUCAGAGGAGCUUAGCUGCUAGCCAUAAAUCACCAAAGAAACUGUCUUCAGGCCGCAAAAGGCAUUUAUCAAAUCCCAUGAUGAUAUCCAUUCAAGAGCAUCCUGUCAUCUUGGAGAAUGGUUACUCCACAUGGGACAGUAGUUGCACUCAUGCAGAAAUGGCAAGUUCUGAUCUCAGUGAAGGAUUUCUGAAGCCCCCACCUUUACCACCUCGUCGAAAACUGAUAGGCAGUGCUGUAGGUGGAGCAUUUUUGGCUGGGUCUGCCUCUGCCACACAGGAAAGUCCAGUAUCUCCAGAGACUACCUGCUUCUCAAAGUUGCAUAAUUGGUAUGGUCAGGAAAUUGCAGAGGUGAGAAGAGAGUGGAUGGAAAGAAAGAAGACAGUAGAAAUAGGAACACAUUGAAGAAAAUGCAUUUUGCAGGACUGAAGAGAAAUGGACCUUAAGGUAGGUUUCUGCAAGCCCCCUUGAAUCUAUAAGUGAUUCUCAUAUGGCUGGAAAGGACCUUGGGGGUCUUAUAGUACAACACCCUGCCCAAGACAGGAGUCCUUAUUUUACUUCCAGGUUUUACUCCUAGUUUAUAAAAUCUAAGAAACACCAUUAUUGCAUCUUCCAGACUGGAUGAUUAAUUCAAGUCUGCUUUCUAUUAUUUAUUGUCACUACAUGUUAUUGCCAGGAAUUUUAAAAACAGCAUACUCUUAAUUAUGCACCAUUCAGAAUUCAAGAAGAUAUUUUUAAGAAAUUGCUGUAUCAGCUCAAAAGAAUGUUCCAGAACUUUAUUUCAGAAAGUCUACUUCUUGAUGCAAGAGAAGAAUCCAUGUGUCAUUUCCUCCUUUUUGCUCCAUGUAGUACUAUUAAUUGUAUUUCAUCUGUAUAUUGUAGCUAUUUUGAUAGCUGCUGGAACAGUAUAGUAGUGAGUUGGCUUAAUUACUCAUUAGAAAAAACAGAUCAUACAAUUUAUAUGUUAUAUUUUAAUUAUAGGCUUUUCAUAUACUUUAGAUUUUCAUGCAGAAGAGGACAAAGCUGUGAAAAGUUGCUUCCUUAAGACCAUCUCAAGAAUUUAUAGUCAAUAUAUAUAUUAUUCAGGAACUUCCAUCUCAUAAGAGUCAAAUGCAACACUGGGCAGCCCUCAUAAAACGUAAGAACAGUAUAUGAUUCAUAGUCAUACCUUAGGUAUGCCUUUAGCUGACCUUACUUGUGCUUUUUCUAUCUUUUGGAACUUAAUCUUCAUAUACAGACAUUGAAUUAAAACAGUUUGUUGGCACUGAAAAAAUUGACAUAUGACAGUGGUGGGUUGCCCCCGGUUCAUACUGGUUCACAAGAACCGGUAGUAAAACCGGCGGGAAGCUCCACCCACCGACCCCGACGUCAUCAGGAAGCUUCUGCGCAUGUGCAGAAGCACAAGCAUGCACGCGCGAGUGAAUUGAGCAUGCGCAUGCAGCCCCGUUGCGAACUGGUAGUAAAGGUAAGUACAACCCACCCCUGAAAUAUGACUGUUUUUCACACCAACCCCGUUGCAGUAUCCCCAAGGCCACAUGAUCAAAAUUCAGACCCUUGGCAACUGACUCAUAUUUAUGACAGUUCCAGUAUCCUGGGGUCACAUGAUCACCUUUUGUGACUUUCUGACAAACAAAGUCAGUGGGGAAGUAAGAUUCACUUAACAAGCACAUUACUAACUUAACAAGUGCAGUGAUUCACUUAACUGUGGCAAACAAGGUAAAAUGGGGCAAAACUCAUUUAACAACUGUCUUGCUUACCAACAGAAAUUUUGGGGUCAAUUGUAAUAAAUCAAGGAUUACGUAUACUAACACAAAAGGCAGAAAAAGCACAAGUAAGAUUACCCAAGCAACACAAUCUAGAUAUCAAAAGCCAAAUAACAGCAGCUGCUCUCAAAUUGUUAAUGUAAUGUGUGAUAAUCUAAUCAUCCCUCAAUAUCACUUUUAUACAAUAGUUUCCUAAGACUCGACUAAAUGUAUUUGUUGCUUUUGGUACUUUGUUCUAGUUCCAUCCAUAAUAUUGCUACAGAUUAAUGACAAAUAUUCAUCCAAACCAAUCUUACAUAAUUUCAUGUGAUUAUGAGUUUAAUUUAGUGUUCAGCAUUCAUAAUCUAUUAUUCUGCUGCUUUCUGGUUGUGGAGGCCCAUUCACAAUUUAAUGGCCUACAUUUAUGACCUUGAACAUAACUAAUUAUUGAAUUAAUGAAACAAGAAUUAUUUAUUACCUUACAGAUUAAUACAGCAUUAGUAAUAGCCAGCAGUUAUAUACUUACCAGUAGUUUACUGGUCAUUUGCAAUAAUCUAAUUAAGAUUAUUAUUUCAGAAAGAAAAAGAAUUAUCUUGACUGCUCAGUAAGAUAAAACUAAAUUGCCAUGAUACCUACUCGUAAAAUUAAGUUCGGGGAAUUGUAUGAAUUACUUUAUGUGACUUAUACCUGGUUCAUUUUUUCCUCCAGUAGUUUUGAUCACAACCAAUAACACUGUUAUUAGUAGUUUAAAAAAAGCAUGCUAAAUUGUAUAAUAAAGCUAAUAACCUCCUAUAACAUUCUGGUAAUGUUAUAUUACAUAUACAUUGCAUGUUAUUUUAAAUAAAAUGUGUUUUAUAAAUUGCAUUUUAUCCAAAAUAGGAAGAUACAAUAUUAUUUCAUAAUUAUUUGUGGCUCAAACUUAAUUAUUUUUUUAAAGCAGUGUACACUUACUUUAUACUUUCCAGAAGGGUGUCUAUCUUAACCCAAAGAAAAGUAUGUUACAUUGGAAACAAAUUUAUGAAUUGCACAGAUUUUCAUGAAUCAUGUUUUACUUUAUUUACACAAAAAUAUGAAAUAAUAAAUGUGUUGGUUUUAAAAGUA